GGCUCUACUAAUAAGUCUGUCUAUUCAAAGUAAAACGCUCGUGGAUCGUUAAUAAAAAUAAUAAUAGUACUGGCAUUAUCGUGCAAAACCACAGUACUUUUUCAAAUAUAAAAACGUUUUAAAAAUAGCCUUCCAUAUUAACUGACAGAUAUUUCUGUUGCAACAUGGUUCAUGGCACUGGCCAAAAGCCCUUUUCCCCCGAUCUCAAUCGGGGGAAGUGGGAAAGACCUACGGACUAUAUAUUUGCCAGUGUAGGAUUAGCUCUGAAGUUGGAUGUCUUUGAUUUUACAUAUUAUUCGCACUACGAUUUGGGCAUUCUUGGAAUAUUAAUAUACUUUGUGUAUAUGAUCAUUUAUAUGGUUCCAAUCAUAUUCGUUCACUCCUUUAUUGGCCAAUUCUCGAGCAGCGGCUUUAUAUCUGCCUUUCGCCUGUCGCCUUUUUUCAAAGGCAUGGGAUACGUCAGCGUCAUUCUGAGCCUCUCAAUGCUCACUUACUAUAGCGUUUACGCUGCUAUUCCGCUUUUGUUUAUAAUAAACUCUUUGCGACCCACUCUACCGUGGAGUUGUGAAGGCUUAAAAUCUUGGUUUAAUGAGACCUCUGGACGAUUGACAAUAUGUAAUUGGACAAUUAGUGGGGAGUAUUCUGAAAACCAAAACUACACAGCUAAGAGGGAUCUUUAUGUACCUUCCGUGCUCUACUUUCACAAUCUAUAUGAUAGCCGGCGAGAAAGUGGAUAUCCAAAUAUUAAGGAUGACUAUGAGUUAUCUUUGUAUUUUGUUGGACUCUUUGCCCUAGUUUGGGCAGCGAUCGCAUUUAUUUUUUAUAAAUUUUCAGAGACGGCGAAGUUUGGAAAAUUUAUACGCUACAUGGUCAUUGGGACACUGAUUCUUCUUUUAGUGUGCUUUGUGCGCUUCCUCUUUCUUCCAGGAGGUCUUUCGUGGAUGGACAGAUAUGCAACUCCAAAAUCAAGUGAUUGGGUCAAUAGUUUCAGUUCAACAUUUCUCAUUGCUAUGCAGGCGUUUGGAGCUGGCUGGGGCAGUGUGAUAGCCCUGUCCAGUUUUAAUGGGUUCAAGACCGACAUAAUGUCGUACAGUUGGAUAAUUUCCUUUGGCCAAAUAUUUAUUUACAUUAUGUUUGGCUUGGUUUCCUUCAUGGUGGAACACUACUUCAAAGAGCUUUCCAAAGACUUAGAUAAAACAGAAGUCAUUAACGUUUGGGUGAUGAUUUGGUCUAGUGCCAGUGCUUUGUCCACCAUGAGCUGGCCAAACUUGUGGACUAGUAUGUACUAUACUACGUUGUUAAUGGCUGCUGUCAUUUUGAUAACAACUCAAAUAUUCACUGUCCUACAAAGUUUGUUUGAUGAGUUUGAGGAACUUAGAGUGAGAAAACAAGAAGUGACCUAUGGUCUUAUUGGUGGACUUGCACUCUCUUCCAUUUUCUUUUGCACAAAUCACGGUAUUACUUUCUUUUGUGUUUUCUAUGCUGAUUCCAUUUUCUCGAACAGUUUGCUUCAUUUACUGCUACUUUUGGUGGUUUUCUGGAUCUACGGGCGAGAUCGUUUCCAGCGGGAUAUUGAGUUUAUGUUGGGUCAACCGUUUGCCUCCUGGAAGAUUUUUGUACUCCGCUACAUAGCUCCAAUACUUUUUGUGUUUAGUCUGCCCAUUGGAAUUGAUUGGUCCUUACAUAAUCACUCUUGGGUCUCACUAGAAUUCCACGUGAUGGGCAUUAUUGUGCUGUGGUUACCCAUUCUGGCAAUACCUGGACUCGGACUUUACUACCUUUCCCAAAGCACUGGAACAUUCUACGAUCGCUUCAGACGCACCUGUCGACCCACCAAUUGGUAUCCUGUUGAGAUGGAGCGUCGCCAGAAUUACGAGGAAGCUAUAGGAGCCCCAGAGAUGACCCACCAGCUUACUGAUGUGUUGAACUAAGUGGUUCCCUUAGAAAUAAUACAAACAUAUGACGGAAUAUCAAAAAUAUAUAUA